UGCAGGGAUACUCGGCAUCCUGCAACAGAAAGGUGGAUGGGUAUAUAGUGAGGAGAGCAGACGGAGCAGUCAAAGUGUGUUGCAACAUCCACACACGGACAAGAUCCCAUUCAGAGCAUCAGCUGUACUUUAAAAAACAAAACAAAAACCAGUUUAGGUAUCCAGGAUGCGUGCUCUGGUGGUCUUGCCUCUGCUGCUGUGUGCCGUCGUGUGUCUGGGCCGGGCAAGAGCUGAGGUCAAGGCGGUGAAAUUGUGCGGCCGAGAGUUCCUGAGAGCUGUCGUGUACACCUGUGGAGGAUCCCGCUGGAGGAGAGUCCUCGCUGAGUCAGACAUGGAUGAUGUGCCCACAGGAGAGGAGAAGAAUUUGGAAAGUUUGCCAAGCAUCAGAAACCACCCAGGCUCGGACUUGACCAGACGGGACAUGAACAAUAUCUUGACUACAGUGUGCUGCCAGGUUGGCUGCAAGAAGAGCGACCUCACCUUCCUCUGCUGAGCACGACCACGCCUGGCGCCAUCUUCAUCUUUUCUCCAAGUGACCAAAAACUAACCAGGCUUGCCUUAAUAGAAUCUAAAUAUAAAUCACAAAGCUUAAAGACAUGAUCAUCGUAUGAAUUACAA